UAAUUGUUAAAAGAUCAGACCAUAGCAUAUACAAUUGUUUUAAAUGUUGUUAUGAAUUUAAUUUUAUGUUUUGACCUCAAUAUUCUAAUCUAAACUGAAAAUCCUUUAUUUUGUGAUCAAAAUUCGAAACUAUUCGAAUAGUGAAAAUAGAAAAAUUGAAAGUGGUGGUGAAACAAAAAUAUCAAUCAAAAUGGCAGAUUUAGACUGGGGUGCAUCUGUAGAUGAACAAGAACAGAAAUUAACAGCUAAGAGUAGUGAAGCAAAAAGCUGGGCUGAUCAGGUAGAAGAAUUUGACAUCAACCAGCAGGUUGACAAUCUGAAAAUAACCAAACCAACCAAUGCAGAGACAGUAAACGGUGCAGGGUCAGCGGCUAGUGGAGAACCAAAAUCUACUCCUGACCCUGGAGGCGCUGCAGAAGGUGGCCCAGAAGAUGACGGGAAUACUAAAGAAGAUGAAUCAUUGCUGAGGAAAUUGAUCCACUCAAAGUUGAUAUCUUCAAAAGCAAAUUUAGAAGUUUUGCAGAAAGAUCCUAAUUCUCCAUUGUAUUCUGUAAAAACAUUUGAAGCUUUAAAUUUGAAAAAAGAAUUAUUAGAAGGUGUUUACAAGAUGGGAUUCACAGCUCCUUCAAAGAUCCAAGAAACAGCAUUGCCAACUCUCUUAGCAGACCCACCAGUAAAUAUGAUAGCACAGAGUCAGAGUGGAACAGGGAAAACAGCAGCUUUUGUCUUAACAAUGUUAAGUAGAGUUGAUAUCAGCAAAGAUUAUCCUCAGUGUCUCUGUUUAGCCCCAACAUAUGAAUUAGCUUUACAGAUCGGACAAAAUGUUGAACAGAUGGGACAGAAAAUGACAGGACUAAGAAUUAGUUACGCUGUCAGAGGAGAAAGAGUUUCCAGAGGACAGCAAAAAGAUGACCACAUCAUUAUAGGGACACCUGGCACGGUGUGUGAUUGGGCAAUUAAACAUAAAUGUUUUGACCCGAAAUUAUUAAAAGUAUUUGUACUGGAUGAAGCAGACGUCAUGAUAGCAACACAAGGUCAUCAAGAUCAGUCUGUUAGGUUACAAAGAAUGUUAAACAAACAGUCGUGUCAGAUGUUGUUAUUCUCCGCUACAUACGAUGAUCAAGUGAUGGACUUUGCCCAGGCUGUGAUACCCAGGAGUCCAAUCGUAAUAAAAUUACGACGAGAAGAAGAAAGCUUAGACAAUAUUAAACAAUUUUAUAUAGAAUGCACGGAUGUGGAAGCUAAAUUCCAUGCACUCAGUAAUAUAUAUGGAACAAUAUCAAUUGGACAGUCUAUGAUAUUUUGUGCAACAAGAAAAACAGCUGCCUGGUUAGCAGAAAUGAUGACAAAAGAUGGCCAUGUUGUAGGUUUACUGACGGGAGAGUUAACAAUAGAACAAAGAGCCGCCAUUAUUAACAGAUUUAAAGAAGGCAAAGAAAAAGUCCUGAUAACAACUAAUGUGACAGCAAGAGGCAUUGAUGUAGAACAGGUUACAGUCGUAGUGAACUUUGACCCUCCUUUGACACAAGAUUUCCAACCUGAUUACGAGACAUAUCUUCACAGAAUUGGUAGAACAGGGCGAUUUGGUAAAAGUGGACUAGCUAUAAAUAUGGUGGAUGGACGUCGAUCUCUGAGUACCCUCAAAUCAAUAGAAAAACAUUUUGGUCGUAAGAUAACGAAGUUGGAUGCAGAUGAUAUGGAUGAAAUAGAGAAGAUUGCUGUAUGAGCAAAUGACAGACAUCAAAUGAACAAUGUGAACUGGCAUUACUGGACUGUCCAUUGACAUACUAUUGUAAACUAUUGUUAAAAUUUGAAUCACAAAGAAAGUGCUUGACAGCUGCCAUACUUAACAUACCAAAUAUACUACAACAUUUAUAGUAAUUAAAAAGUACAUAGCUUCUCAUUCUGCAGAUAUCUCAUUAAAAAUGUAGGUUUUUUUUUAAGCAGAAAAAAAAUUGUGAUUUUAUUUUGACUUUUUGCUAUAUUAAAGUAUUGUAUAAAUAUUUUU